AUGACCCCCCGAAAUAGGCAGCUUCUGCUAAGGCUAUCUUGGCCAUUUUCAUCAAGCAGGAAUCAACAAGGUUUCCAGCCUUAUGCUCGACAGAGUGCUACCUGGAAAACUAAUCAUGCAUGCCUUUUCCACGAUGUGUCUUCGAGUGUCCAGCGUCGUGGAGACAGCACAGCCAACCUGCCCAUCCAAGUCGACCUACUGGAGAAAUACCGGUCGUUGGUAACGCUCGGACGCAUAAAUUACGACGAAGAGCAGAUACGGGUGGUAAUGAAGUUGAGGCGGUUACAUCGGGAGUUGACAGAUUACGCCCCUCCUGCUUUGGCUGCUCGCCUUCUCGAACCUACUCCUGAUGAAACCCAACAAGAACCGUGGUGGAUAUUCUCAGAACAGGAACGUGCACUCGAUGAUACCGGAAGAGCACUGGUCACAGUUCGUGGGCACGCGGAGGAACUUGGGGCACUAGAUACUCCGAAGGGUCUCUUACUAACGGGACCCCCUGGCUCUGGGAAGAGCUUCCUCGUCGACCUGUGGUACCAAUCAGUGCCGACAGCGUAUAAAGCACGGAAGCAUUACAACCAGCUCGUGCUCGAAAUAUAUCGCGGCGUUUGGGAAGAGACCCAGCGUCGGAUGGCCGCCAUCUACGCGAAACCGAAACCCGACGCACCUUCCUCCUCCGAGCGAGGCCCCUGGAAUAAAUCCAUCCGUCACCACAUCCAGAAACUUGUCAAGGCAGGAUCGCUCCCCAUACGAUGGGCCCGAUCGAGCACCAUAUCCGCGGCAUAUGCAGAUCCAUCUAUAGCGUUCAUGGUGGCCAAACGGCUCCUGCUGCGACACUGGCUGCUCGUGUUCGACGAGAUACAGCUGCUGGAUGUGUCGAGUGCAAACCUCCUCGCGGAUGUUUUGUCGUGGUAUUGGCGGAUGGGAGGGGUCAUUGUCGGCACAUCGAAUAAGGUUCCAGACGAACUUUAUCGCAAUGGUGUUCAGAGAGAGCGCUUAGAGCCGUUCGUCGAAGCGCUCAAGCUUAGAUGUCCGGUCACGAUUUUGGACGCGAAGAAGGAUUGGAGAGAGGUCCUCAGUGUUUCCCAACCUUUGGAACGCACAUGGUUCACAUACGACAAUCACAAGAAGUUCAAGGAGAGUGUCCAGGCACUGUCCUCUUCAGAGCCAGAACCUCGCAGUCGAGACCUUCAUGUCUUUGGACGGACUGUCAGCAUUCCCUGGGCAUCAGGCUCGGUGUGCAAGUUGUCCUUUACGGAUUUAUGUGACCAGUCGCUCGGUCCUGCCGAUUACCUGACUAUCGCCUCCACUUUCCCAGUGGUCGUGAUUUCCGACAUACCGAUUCUCCCUUUGUCGUCAAAAAAUCAAGCGCGACGGUUUAUCUCCCUUAUUGAUGCGUUGUAUGAGUCCAAGUGCAAGAUUGUGUGCCUCGCGGAGACAACGCCGGACAAACUCUUUUUCCCAGACGCCGUGGUUGCGCUGGACGAGGAGACACGAGUCGAUGAUGUGGAUGUGAUGAUGGCGGAAUCUGUGGCGGAGACGCAGGAUGUCUACAGGCCGAACGUCUCUUCGUACGAUGCUCCGCAGAUGCGUGAAGCACCAGCUGCUCCCAAGGUCGCUUUACCAUUGGACACUCUGUCCAUCUUCUCCGGCGAAGAAGAACAAUUCGCGUUCAAGCGUGCCCUGUCGCGCCUCGUGGAGAUGACAAGUGCCGCAUACAACCGCACUAACAGCUGGACACCCCUUCCGUCGAGUGCGCGUCAGUGGGAAACACGGAAGGGUCUCACCGCGUCCGCCGAAUCAGAUAUUCUCGACCUCUCAAGAAGUAAAGCCUGCUCCGAUAACCAGGAGCCUUCGACAAGUUCAAGCCCAGCGGCACCCCGAGUCGCAGGAUUCGCAGACGACUUUGCAGAGGAGGCGUCGUAUGAGAUGGCGAACACGCCUUUCAAACGACCUCAUGCUCCGAGCAUCAGUUCGGACCACGUUUGGGGAGUGAGGGAGGACUGGGGACAAAAGGCGAAGGAGUGGGGAAAAGGAGCUGAAAUCUAUAGUCGCGACGCUGAAAUCACGGCGGAAACGAGUUCGAAGCCUGAGAAUGCGAAGAAAUCAUGA